UCAAACAGCUAGAUACCUCUGCUGUCGAUGUUUUUAACUGCUCUUUGUGGAACAUUCAUGAGCAGGGUGCAGAGAGAAAGGUGGGCCGAGGGGAAUUGCUUUUAGCAAAACCAUGUGGACGAUGCGUCGCAAAGUUUGGAAUUUCCACACUAUUAGUGCCGGCGCUGCAUUGACUAACAGAGAACAAGUUAUUAUUAGAGAGAGUAACCAGCAUAACCCAGCUGUCCCAGAUGUUGCAAUGAAUGGCAACACUGUAGAACAAGGGACUUUGUCACAGCCUCGUAGCUGGAAAGAGUUCUGUGAGCUGCAUGCCCAUGCCACUGCCACGGAGCUCGCUAGGCAGUAUUUGCUAUUUGCAAAUGAAAAUCCAAGUCACGACACACAGGGGCCUGAAAACUUUUCUUUACAAUUCACAGAUCUCUUUCAACAGUACUUCAGAAAUGAGGUAAAAGAGGGACUUGCUCUGAAUAGGUGUACCAUCGUGCCCUUCACAGGAGUACAGGAUUACAGGGAAGCAAGUAGGAAAUCUACCGAUGGCUCUUCUGGUCUGGUUUUACCGAAGAUGGAAACUGAGGUGAACAGUGUUGAACAAACUGAAAGGAGUUCUGACGCUAAUCUCCCGUUUUCAUCAAAGUCACGAAGUUCUGAAGAUGUUUCAGUUUCUGCAUGCCCUUCACUUGAACGACCCAAAACUUUGAGUCAGUUUACAAGAAAUGUAAAAGGCAGUAUACGACGACUGUUCCGAAGAAAAUCCACAGAUGCAAUACCUGUAGAUGGAAAAGAAGAAGCUUCUGGAGAGAUUGGCUUACCUGAAAGGGACUGGUUUAGAAACCUGACUCAUAAAUUCCCUUGGUCAAGAACUGUAUAUCGAGAAGAGGUUCAUGACAUCCGCAAGGAAGGUGUUUUAAAUUAUAUGGUGGUGGAUGAUGUAAGCAUGGACAUGGACACACGGUGGCAAAGGUGUAGACUGCUUGUGCGAAAGGCAAAGUCAUAUGAAGGUGAUGGAUAUGUACUGGAGUUAUUUGACCCACCAAAG